AUGGCCUCUACCUUGGGUAUAACCUACAAUGCGGCUGCCAAAAGAUGGCGCCGACUGAGCCUCCACAUGAAGGAGCUUGUUUUCAAGGGUGGACACGAUUUGAAGAACGCUACUGGCGAGAAGGCGACUGUUGAGAAAGACCACAAUGAGUCUGAUGAAGAGUUGUCGGAGCUCACUGAGCUUGAGGAAUUAGAAGAUUCUUGUGAGGAGACUGAAGAAAAUGGUGACGAUGAGGAUGAGGGUGGGAACAACGAGGAGUAUGUCCAGUGA